AUGGUUCAAAAGGGCGCAGAAACGCUGAAGCGAUGGACUGCCAACAGCCUCUACUUUGUGCAGGGGUUUGCGAAGAAGGCGGCACAGGCCAGCAAGGAGGUGGCCGCAGAGAUCAAGGCGAAGGAGAGCACAAAGACAAGUGGCGCGGAUCACAUGAAACGAGGAGCAGAUCUGUUUGAGACGAAGCCCGCGUCUGGCGCAGGAACUGCUGGAACCAACUGGAAGUCCUUUGCUGAAGGCUUGGGCGGAGCGGGUGCGAAGAUCCCCGGUUACUCGCUGGGCCUACUCAAGAAUGCGAUCACCAGCGUUGGUGGCGUGAUCCUCCCCGGCUGGAGCAUGCGAAGGAUUGGCUGGGUUGCCGGCGCUGGCUUCGUGGUUGGCUUCUUCGUUGGCAAGAAGUUUGGAGGAGUGCAUGUGCACCUGACCACGCCCGCCCUUCCUCCCGGCUACACCCUGCCGCCCGCCACGCAACUCGCAGCCACAUCCACCGCCGCUGCCGCACCCGCCGCCACAGCCUAA